AUGUCCUUUAACUACCCGUACAACCGCCACGACGCUUCUUCCAAUUCGUGGGGGCUGAAGUCUCAGGCGCUGGACCACACGCUGCCCGAUGGUAAUGAAAACAUGGCACUGCUGCUGCUGCUGCUGCUGCUGCAAAGCCCGGGCCUGAUGCCUGGGUUCCGAAACCCCUGGUAUGCUGGACUGCUGGGCAUGAAACCGAAUCACCAGCUUUCCACGCAACAAAUGGCGCUUCUCGGCUCCCGGAAACAGUCUUUUGCCAACCAGCUCCCCACAACCUACGAGAAUGCCAAUCAGCAGUCUUCCUCACAGGCCUAUAUCCAUCCUCCAACGAGAUCGGACAACCCUUUCAAUCACUACUAUACCAACCAGGAAGUGCUGCUCAACCAGUUUCCUGACCGCAGAAUGUCAGCCGCUGUGGACGGCUCUAUGUUUAACCCGUACAAUAACCCUUUUCAGGGCGAUGCGGUGGCUGCUGCUGCCGCUCCAGGUCAGGUUCUCCCGCCCCAUUUGGCUCCGGGCCAGUUUCCUAAUGCUAGUGCUACGGCCCCCAGGCCGCCUGUGGGUCGACGCUCGUCAGUUGCAAUUGGUGCAUCUGCUUACCAGCAAUCGUCCCUAGCAUCUCAAUAUCUUAAUGCUCGUGUUGGCCAGAGUCCAAGUGCAACUCCGUACUAUUCUGCUCCUGUGCCCCAGCUGCCAAUUAGAAGAGUGCCGAGGGCCAUCCGAGUGAACAGUAAGAGUGACUUGAACCCGCGUACUCAUCAUCAACCGAAGUAUAGACGUCGCUCUGUUAACCUGAUGCAUAUCCUGCCGGUCAAUGCCCUCUCCGUGUACUUGACCGAGCUGUACGCCAUGUGUCAGCCGCAGAAGUUCAGAUACCUGAAAACUACCAAUCCCAAGCGUGUCUUGACGAAGCCGUCUGAACCUAAGUUCAACAAUGGUUGUGACAAUGAAGACAGCGAUUACAUUCUUUAUGUCAACGAUAUCUUGGGUCAAGAGGAGGGUAGAAAAUACGUCGUUCUCGAUCUCUUGGGCUCAGGCACUUUCGGUCAGGUUGUCAAGUGCCAGAAUUUAGCCAACCAACUGAUGGUUGCCGUCAAGGUGGUUAAAUCUAAGCCUGCCUACUUGAAUCAGUCCAUCUCUGAAGUGAAAUUGUUGGAGUUCUUAAACCAGAACAGCCGCAGUAACAGCUUCAUUCGUCUUUUAGACACAUUUAUGCAUCGUGAGCAUCUAUGUCUUGUGUUCGAGAUCUUGGCUCUGAAUUUGUACGAACUUAUCAAGCAGAAUCAGUUCCAUGGACUCUCAAUGAAGUUAGUCAAGUCACUCACGCGGCAGCUUUUAGAUGCUUGUGCUCAGCUUAAGAACUUUCAGGUGAUCCAUUGUGAUCUAAAACCGGAAAAUAUCUUGCUCUGCCAGCCAGACAAACCCGAAAUCAAGGUGAUAGACUUUGGAAGCGCUUGCUUCACGAGGCGAACUAUCUAUUCAUACAUUCAAUCUCGAUUCUACCGUUCUCCUGAAGUAAUUUUGGGCUUGCCUUAUACGGAACUGAUCGACAUGUGGUCACUUGGAUGUAUUGUGGGAGAGUUGUUCUUGGGAUUACCAAUGUUUCCAGGAUCCCUGGAAUACAAUCAAAUCUUCAAGAUUGUGGACAUGUUAGGUAACCCGCCUAGACAUAUGAUCGAAGUUGGCCGUAACUCCCUUAACUAUUUCAACAAAAUUCCAGCUGCUGAUCCUAGCGCAAAAGCCACUUACAAAUUGAAAAGCCACGAGGAGUAUUUGGAAUUCGUGCGUUCUUCGAACGGAAGGGAAGACCUUUCAAAGGCAGAACAGCCCAACAAGAACUACUUCAACCACAAACUUCUAAAGGAAAUUAUCAUGAACUACAAAAUGCCAUCGCGCAAGAUGACUCAGAUUAUGAUCGACAAGGAGUAUAAGGAUCGAGGCCAUCUAGUUGACUUUCUUACGAAAGUGCUUAACCUUAAUCCGCUUGAGAGACUUACGCCUCUGGAAGCUCUUAAGCAUCCGUUCGUGUGCGAUUCUCCUCCACCACUGAAGGAAUCAUCAACAUCUCUUCUGCUGUCAAACUCUGCUGCUAAUGAUCCACUCAAAAUGGAGGUUGUAUGA